AGCAACUAAGAAGGCUGGUUCCGAUGCUCGGUAUUUAGGGGCAGAAAGGAGAAGAUUGUCCCGCCGAUCCAUUAUUAUAACUCGAAAGGGGAUUCUACACCGCCAUUUGUAGGACCAGAAGCACAAAGAAAAAAAAAAAACAACCCCGAGAGAGAGGUGGUGACAGACACUGCGCGGUUGCCUGGGAGGAUCAGCGGCUGUUUGGGGAGGCAGAACUCGUGCCCGAAGCAGCAGGUGCCUAAACUAGCCCCCCUCCCCACCAAACUUUCCCCGGUUUCUGCAAGCGACCCCCGCUUUAUCCAGCAGAGGCGAACCUGACCGCUUGAAGGGCAGCUUUGCUCCUUCGCUGCACUUCAAAGAGGGUUUCCUCUCGUUCAAGCAACGCCUGGCCACCAGAAAAAACAACAACGCACCACUUCAUAAUAUUCCUGCCGUCGGAAUCGCCCUCCUGCCCACCGCCGUGAAUGGAAGGCUCGCGGGGGCAUCUCGAAGGCUUCCCCGCAGGAGGAGCCAGUUUCUCUAGGAAACAAGUAGCAAUUCGUGUCGCCCGGGAGAUAGCUGGGUCCUAAUGGCAGGGAGGGGGGAAAUGGCGCUCUCUCUUUGUUUAUGUUGCCCUUAGCAGCCCUUGGGGUGUUUGGGGCGGAUGGCGGCAGCAGCAGAAAGGGGUCCGGAAUAAUUUAUUCGCCACAUCUGACCCGCCUCUCUUGAGGACAAAAACUGGUUUUUUUGAGGUUUUGCUGAACUCGUAGCUGCGGGUUCAACUUCAAGAACUUGGCCAAAGGCAGCAUGACGGAGCUGCACGAAGCGGUGGCUUUGGGUAAAUACGACUUAGCGGAAGAAAUCCUCCAGAGGGAGCUCGCAGACCCAAAUUGCAAAGAUGCGGACUGGAGCGACCGCACGCCCCUCCACUGGGCGGCAGCAAAAGGCCACUCAAAGAUAGUAAAGCUGCUUGUGGAACGUGGUGCUCGCUUGAUUUUGCGAACUGAGGCAGGUUGGACUCCAGUUCAUUUUGCUGCAGAAUCAGGGCAACUGGGCGUGUUGAGAACACUGCACUCCUUGCACGCACCGAUGGAUGCCCCAGAUCUCUAUGGAGAUGUCCCAAGAAGAAUUGCAGAAAUCUAUGGGCACAAAGCCUGCGUCAAAUUCUUAGAAAUAGCUGAAAUAGAAUACAGGGCAUAUUGCCAGAUGGCAAAAUCAAAGGGAAUCCAACUGGAUGAGAAGGAUGAAGCUUGGGAGCUUAAGAAGGAAGAACUUUUGAAAAGUAAACCCUUCUCUCCAAAGAAACAUAUGAAACACAAGAUGCACGGAAAGGAUGGCGUGCAACUUCCUUUAAGAAAACAAUGAGAAGAAUGCUAUAUUUCAGAUAAGCUAGACAAGAGGGUCUCAGCUACCUUAACUUUAUAGUCAUUGCAAGUCAUCUAUUUCAUUUAUUAUUUUUCUUAUUUUGAACUAGUUAGUCACUAUCUCAGUUUAAGACAUUUUUUAAAACAUGCAUGAAAAAUACUAUUUUUAUAUGCUUUAUGCCUGAUUCAUUUUGUGCACUUUUGUAUAAUACAUUCAUGUUUUUAAGCUUUCCUCUAAUUUAAUAAAAUUUUGUGCUUUAUGACUACA